CCCAUGCGUGGGAUAUUGCACUCCAGUACUGGAUUGCCACGUAAGACAGCCCCUGCGGGUGCUGCCAUGUAGGACAGGUGAUCUGUGCGGUAAAGAAUUGAGUUUUAUUUUAUUUGGCUUUUGUUAAAAAGAAAAAGAAAACCCUAGGACGGUAUGUCGGGCCCGCCCAUUCGCGGUUUGGCAUUGCCCCCCAAGCUUCUUGAUUCUUAAACGCCAAUCUCUCUCCUCUUUUAUUUCUCCCAUAUUAGCAAGAACUGCCUCUCUUUUCCUCUCCCUCGCUCUUGCUAGACGACGCACAGGAGCAAGAACUGCCUCUCUUGUCCUCUCACUCGCUCUUGCUAGACGAAGACCAUCUCCGCCGAGGCGCAGACACCAGGGUCAGCGAGAUGGGGGCGUCGGAGACGAGGUUCAUCCAGGAGCUCGUCCUCUACGCCGCGAGUGCCGCCCUCAGCUGCCUCGUCCUCUUUGCUGGCCUCCGUCAGCUCGAUCCCAACCGCGCCGCGUCUAAGAAGGCCCUCGAGCAGAAGAAGGAGAUCGCCAAGCGCCUCGGCCGCCCCAUGAUUCAGACCAAUCAAUACGAGGAUGUAAUAGCCUGCGAUGUUAUAAAUCCUGACCAUAUUGAUGUGGAGUUCGAGUCUAUUGGAGGCCUGGAAAAUAUUAAGCAAGCAUUAUUUGAAUUGGUCAUCCUUCCUCUACGACGACCUGAACUGUUUGCCCAUGGAAAGCUUCUUAGUCCGCAGAAAGGAGUUUUAUUGUAUGGACCUCCAGGAACUGGAAAGACAAUGCUUGCGAAGGCUAUAGCCAAAGAGUCUGGAGCUGUCUUUAUCAAUGUGAGGAUAUCUAAUCUGAUGAGUAAAUGGUUUGGUGAUGCUCAGAAGCUUGUGGCUGCUGUAUUCACUCUGGCUUAUAAGCUCCAGCCUGCUAUUAUUUUUGUUGAUGAAGUUGAUAGUUUCUUGGGGCAGCGGCGCACAACAGAUCAUGAAGCUUUAACUAACAUGAAAACUGAGUUUAUGUCUUUGUGGGAUGGCUUCACCACAGAUCAAAAUGCACGUGUGAUGGUUCUUGCUGCCACAAACCGCCCAUCAGAACUAGAUGAGGCAAUACUCAGGCGUUUCACCCAGGCCUUCGAAAUUGGUAUGCCUGAUCAAAGUGAGAGAGCAAAAAUAUUGAAGGUUAUCUUAAAGGGUGAAAGGAUGGAAGACAUUGAUUAUGAAUACAUUGCCAGCCUUUGUGAUGGUUUUACUGGUUCUGAUAUACUUGAAGUCUGCAAGCAAGCAGCCUACUUCCCUGUUAGGGACUUGCUGGAAGAUGAAAAGAAGGGAGAGCAACCAAAUAGACCAAGGGCAUUGACACAGUCAGACCUGGUGAAUGCAUUAUCUGCAUCUAGAAAGGCAAAACAAGCAAGUGAAUACAGAUUUGGACUGCAGUCGCCCGCAUGGUCUAGGCACAGAGAGCAAGAUGAUGAUCAGGUCCAGAAUGCCAUCUUGGAGAUUUCUAAGCUUCUAUCUCAUAUUGUCAACAGCCAAUCAGAAGCCCAGGACUCUUAGUCUGUUUUUAAACCAUUCUGAAGGUUUUUUAAACUGUGAUGCCUUUGCUUUUUAGAAUCAUAACAUGUGGAUAUUGCACUCUCAGGAACUGUAGUCUUGGAUACGAAGCAGCUGAUUCACCCACCUUUGGAGACAGUCAACAUUCUCUUGGGUUGAGAAUUAUCAUGUUUUGAAGGUGUGCUGAUCAUAAAAGCUUCUAUGCGAAUGCUAUUUUUUAUUGUUCGUCUUUUUGGUUACUUUCAUGAUCAGUCCCCUAAAUAUGGUCUACCAUUUUGUCUUUAUCUUGUUUAUAUUAACUUAUAAGUAUCCUGGCAAUGAUAGAUCUUACGUGGUUGUAAGAUAACACUUGAAAAACAGGAUUUUAGGUAGGCGGGAAUUUAUUAAAAAAUUUUCAUAUUGUUUGCAUAAUCUAUUUUCCUUACCCCUCUUUGGAGAAAGGUAGACACCUGUUCAUUUACAACUGAUGUUGUAUGAGAUGUGGACAUUUGUACGUAGAGAUAUCAGUGCUCUCCAAAUUAAUUUGAUGUGCCUCAACUCAGCAUGCUAGUGAUUAGCUUAUCAAGCCAAGCCUGGAGAAGUGGAUUUUUUGGAAGUGGUACUAAUAGAUUGUUGCUUAAUAACAUCUGUUGGUAAUGUAUAUGAAGUCUUGAAUCGAUUAUGAUGAUUCUGUGAAUUAUUAGUUGCUUCUGAUUCUGCGGACAUCUUCGACAUAGGUAUGGUGGAAGUUAAUGUUAUAAUACAUCAACCUA